AACAAACCCACGCGACACGCACCUGCACCACGACUUCGGCAAGCGUAUCGAAACACUCCAACAUGCCUGCCGCAGUCGCGCGGCCCAAGGCGCCCCGCCUUGGCUCCAUCAACCCUUCAAAAGCGGCGGGUACCGGGUACAUCUACCAGUCCGCCGAAACGAAACGGAAAGCACAGCCAGCACCCGUGCGAGCCUCCAAACCUGAGCGAAGAAAGUGCUGCGACGACCCCAACGUCAGCGAUGCCGACGAGGGAGGCGCAAUCUGCUACAACUGCGGUCAAGUUAUCGAGGAGAGCCACAUCGUGGCCGAGAUCACGUUUGGUGAGACGUCUGGCGGAGCAGCCAUAGUGGAGGGUGGCUUUAUCGGAGAGAACCAAAGACACGCCAACUCCAUGGGCGGAACCAUGCGCGGUCUCGGUGGCAUGGGCAGCAGGGAACAAGCCGAGAUGAAUGGCAGGAGCGAAAUCCAGAAGCUUGCACACGCACUGAAGAUUCGACAAGCUGUGGAAGAUCAAGCCAUCGGCUGGUACAAGCUUGCUUCAAAUCACAACUUCGUCCAAGGUCGCCGCAUCCGCAAUGUCGCCGCUGUUGCUCUGUACAUGGCAGCUCGAAGACAGCCAGAGAACACACUCAUGCUUAUGGACCUUGCCGAGAAGGUACAAGUCAACGUCUGGCAAUUGGGAGAUACAUACAAGCAGUUUCUGAAGAAGCUCAGAGAGGAGGACCCAGCCCAACUCGUCGGAAACAAAGCGGUCCAAGAGAUCGAGCCUCUGAUGCUGAAGUACUGCCGCAAGCUCGAGUUCGACGAGGCGUCGCAUAAGGUUGCGGACGAUGCUUGCAAGCUACUUAAGCGUAUGAGCAGAGACUGGAUGAUACAAGGCCGACAGCCUGCCGGAUUGUGUGGUGCUUGUAUCAUUCUCGCAGCCCGCAUGAACAACUUCCGUCGUUCUGUUCGAGAAGUUGUGUACGUUGUCAAGGUCGCCGACUCCACAGUCAACGCGCGUCUAUACGAGUACAAGAGGACGCCAAGUUCAGCCCUGACUGUCAACCAAUUCCGUGAGAUCGGCCAUAGGAUGAAAGUCAAGACUCUGCCACCAUCCAUCUGGAGACGAGCAGAGAAGGAAGAAAACAAGGCAAAGAGGAAAGAGAAGCAGGCUGCUCUAGCGGAAGGCAUCACUGCGGAGGAGCUGGAGGGAAUGGAUACAGCAGUAGAAGCUGGUUCAAGCACUGCACCAGCAAGGGCCAGCAGGAGGCGCAAGACGAACGACGGAGCAUCUCAGGAUGUCCCAGCCCAGCUGCAGACCCCGGAUCCAACACAGCAGACACCCCAGGAGGUGGUGGACAUUGACGCACUGAACGAAGGUAACGAGGAAGGCCUCGUUGACGCCAUUGGCAGUGCUUUUGCAGACACAAAUGGAGAUGGUUCUCUCGACGAGAACUUUGUCAUGCCGAAGAAGCGCGGUCGCCCACCGAAGAAACGCGAAGCAAUCCAAAUCUCCCCAGAAGACCUCGACAUUGAGAAGGAGAUUGAAGCGGAGAUCACAGAGGAGGUACAACAGUGGGAAAAGGUCUUCGCUGACUUCGCCGACGAUGAUAACCACGAAGUCCUCAAGCGCACCGGCCUGACCGCAAAGGAACUCGCUGACACUCUUACCCCGAACCGCAAUAUCAGCACACUUCCCGAUAUCGGCGAAGACGAGUUCGAGGAUGACCCGGACGUCGCAAACUGCAUCUUGAACCCCGCUGAGGUCAAGCUCAAGGAGCGCGUUUGGCUCACCCAGAAUGAAGACUGGUUGCGCGAGCAACAGGCCAAGCUCCUCGCAGCAGAAUUAGAAGCCGCCCUUGACAAGCCCAAAAAGCCAAAGCAGAAGCGCAAGCACCACCAAAUGGGCGAUGGGAGCGUCUUGGAGGGUCAGCCUGCGGCUAGCGCAGCGGAUGCUGCACAUAAGAUGCUAAAAAAGCGUGCCAAAGGGUUCAGCAACCACAUCAACUACGAUAGAUUGAAGGAGCUGUUUCCUGGAGGCAACACAGAUGCCGAAAGCACUCCCUCGGGUAGUGGUCUGGGCGCGAGUCCGGCGCCGAGUCAGAAUGCAACCACGGCUGCGCCUGCGCCUGUUGAGGCUCAAGACGACGAUGAGGACGAAUAUGAGGAAGAGGAGCGGGCGGAAGAAGAUCUCGAUGAAGAGCAUCAUUACAGAGAUGAUGAAGACGAAGGGUUCGGUGACAACUACGAUGAUGACUAUUGAACGAAGGCCUGGUUUGAGCGACUGUACUACAUACACAUUUCACUGCGUAUAUUGUCCGGGCAUCUAGCCUUGGAUGGCGUUCAUAUUGGGAAUUGAACCGGAACAGAUACCCCGCUUGUAAGCGUAGCAUAGUCAACGGAGUUCAUGUAUCUCUUUCAAUAGAAUGUUCUG